AUGGCGAGAGAUCUGAACGCCAUGUCUGCUACCAGAGGUGACGUCCAAUUGCAGUCCAAGGACCACAAGGACCUGCUUGACAUCAUCGACAAACUCCGUUCCCAGGGCAUCAGCCGAUAUGUGGACUUGCCUCAGAUCAUCGUCUGCGGCGACCAGUCUUCUGGCAAGAGCUCCGUCCUCGAGGCGAUCUCGGGCAUGUCGUUUCCCACCAAGGACAACCUCUGUACUCGAUUCGCCACCGAGCUCAUUCUACGCCGCAGCACUGAUCCAGGGGUGAUUGCUCACAUUAUCCCUGGUGCUGAACGAUCAGGGGAAGAGAAGAAGCGACUCGAAGCUUUCGAAUACAAGCUUGACGACCUUGACAUUGGACAGGUCGUCGAGGAUGCCAAAGAGGUCAUGGGCCUCAACGGGAACAACAAGGUCUUCAGCUCCGAUAUUCUGCGUGUCGAGAUCUCAGGCCCGUCACAGCCCCAUCUGACCAUGGUCGAUCUUCCUGGUCUUUUCAUGGCCGGGAACAAAGAUCAGUCUGAGGAGGAUGCUCAGCUCGUCAAGUCGCUAGUUCUCUCGUACAUGGAGAAGCCACGAAGCAUCAUCCUUGCCGUCGUCUCUGCCAAGAACGACUUCGCCCUUCAGCAGGUUACACAGCACACACGAGCUGUGGAUCCGAAGGGAGUUCGUACUCUGGGUCUCAUCACCAAGCCUGACGCCUUGGACGAAGGCUCCGAUAGCGAGGGGUUCUUCAUAAACAUGGCCCAGAACAAGGAUGUCAAGUUCCGACUAGGCUGGCACGUACUGCGCAACAGGAGCUAUGUCGAGCGCAAUGCGACGUCGUCCGAACGAGACGAGAAGGAGUCUGAGUUCUUCUCGAAAGGAGUCUGGACAACGCUUGAAUCAUCACAGCUGGGCGUGUCGGCACUUCGCAUGCGGCUUAGCAAAGUCCUGCGCGACCAAAUCAUGUUGCAGCUGCCUAGCGUGCUCGAAGAUGUCGAGGCUGGAAUCAAGCAGUGCCAAGACAAGAUAGCCAAGCUGGGGGCGUCGCGAGGCAGUCUCCAAGAACAGCGAAGGCAUCUCGUCAGUGUCAGCACGGGGUUCACGAGCUUGAUGAAAGACGCCAUAGACGGGAACUACACCGACACGUUCUUCGCGGACAAGGAAGAUGUGGAUGCUUACCCAAGACGGCUUCGAGCUGUGGUCCAGAACACCCUUUCGGACUUCGCAGAGGAGAUGCGCCGCGAAGGUCAUGCCAGAAUCAUUCUGGACGGCCCGAAAACGGACCGCGAUGGUCCACGCUGCAUCUCCAGAUCCGAUUAUCUCGAAGAGGUCAAGGUGGCCAUGAGGAGAAGCCGGGGGCGGGAGCUUCCUGGCUCGUACAAUCCACUCAUCGUAGCUGAGCUCUUCAGCAAGCAAUGCAAGCCGUGGCAGAACCUGGUCGGAAACCUGGCCGAGCGCAUUGUCGAUUCUGUGUACACCACUGUGAACGUCACUCUCCAGCAUGUUGCCGACGACGAAACGACCGUUUCCCUUCUGCGCAACGUUGUGGACCCUUCGGUGGAGAGCCUGAAGGGGGCCUUGGCGACCAAGGUCGAGGAGAUCUUGCGACCUCACUUAUCCGGCCAUCCUAUCACCUACAAUCAUUACCUUACUGACAACAUGCAGAAGCAGCUAGCUGCCAGAACUAGAGUCGCCCUGGAGAAACGACUCAAGAAAUUUUUGAGGACACACGAACUGUACACCGGCACGAGAGAGUACCUUUUCAAUGUGUACUCUCUCAUGGACAUCAUCGUCUCCGUUACCGAGCCAAACAUGGACACCUACUCAUGCGACAAGGCCGCCAACGACAUGAGGGCUUAUUACAAGGUCGCUCUCAAGACACUUAUCGAUGAUGUCAGUGUCCUCGCCGUGGAGAGGUGUUUGAUUCAGAAGCUUCCUGAACUUUUCUCCCCUGAAGUGGUCUGCAACUUUACAGAUGAGGAGAUUCAUUGCUUCGCAGCCGAGAGCGAGAUGUCGGCAGCUGAGCGGAUGCGCGCCACAGAGAAGUUGUCGGUGUUGGAGCUUGGUCAAGCACAGCUCAAGAGGCUUAGAAAGCACAGCCCAUUGAUGGUAGAAUCGCCACGUGGUUACUACGCGAGGGAUGCGGUCGUAAAGCAUAGUAACGUACUAGUUUCGCCAGUGGAAUCGGAACCCGAAUCGGGACCCGAAUGGGAACCCGAGCCGCCGAAACUCGAGCCGCCGGUACCAGAGUCGCCGGAACCAGAGUUGGAAACCGACCAGGCCUCCAUCGUCGCAGAGCCCAGCGUUGAGCCAUGUGGUGAGGAGUAUUCGGGGCCUCCAGAGCCUGCCGCAAGCGUUGACUUGUACAAAUGUUUGGGCGAGAUCCAGGAACCAACGAGCAAGAUCAAGAAGAAGAAAGCGAAAGCGAAGCGAGAGCAAAAGCCGAGCUUCAUUGUUGACGAAUGA